UAUGCUUACCUGCAGCUGUCGCAAACCUCCAGAGAGGGGAAGCGGUCCCACCGGCCUUUCCGAAAUGCUGGUCACUGAUACUGUACUGAGUGUCGGUAUGUAUGAUACGGUAACGAUGGCAUCUGUUCAAUUCCCACAUGCCCAUAUUUUCCAUGUCCCAGUAUUGAGGUUCAAACGGGGACCUGAAAGCGCAAAUCCCCUCAAGGUAGGUUAGUGGGGGGACGCAAGAGCCCUGGAUGCGAAACACUUCAAUAUUGCCUCGUAUAGUAGAGUUGAACCCUUCACAAGGAUGAUCAUCAUUUGCCCGAGUGAUUGAAUUACUCGGUGAGUUCAGAUUGGUGCACACCUCUCAGAAAAAUUUCUUACCGUACGGUCAUGUCACCCGAGGUAUAAUGGAGUCACUCUACACUAAAGUUUUGAGCAGGAAAUGCGAGUGUCAUUGAUUUUUGGACCGUCCUACGCCGUACGACCAUUAGUACUUCCGUGUACAAGUAGACAGUGUCUUCAAUGCAUGCCAGGACCGGCUACCAUUUGUAUGAGAUCAUAUCAUAUCAUCCACUCUUCUCGAUUAGAGGAAUGCAGGCUCGGGAGGCUACAUUACAAUAAAACAAGAGCAUACCAAAAAUGGAACCGUGUCUCUGGGCGGCUAUGCCGGCGAUCAAAAUCUUUUUACUGUGUUCUUUUUGUUUUUCUGCCUUUUCCUAUUUCUGUUUUUGAACUAGUAAUACCAGGUUGGCUCUAUUGUUGAAGGUUCCAAUGUACAGGAGGGCUCAUGUUGUACCACGCGAUAAGCCCCAAGGGAUAAUCAUAUCGGUCAAGGGAUAUGCUUAUCGGCAGGUGCUACGGUGGUAGCUAUCGAUAGAUGCGAGAUUAUAACUCCGUAAGCUUAUGUUUCAACGCCCACCGAAUCAUGUAAAUGAUAUAUCGAUACCAACAUGUGAGGUUCGCAAUCAGACGACAAACCCAUAGGAAGAACAACUAUGGUAGUAACUUUUUUGUCAUUUUCCCUGGUACGAGGUGGUAUUUACCAUGUCACAAACCUUGGUUGUGCAGGCUGGAAUUAUUCCCAUGAAUGGGGUUUUUAUUACCCUGAGUUCUUUUCAUAUAAUUUGGUUUCCCUUUAUGUAUCUGGAUGCGACGGGCAAGUCUUUGAUGAAAAGGCCGCACCGCAAUGUCGAUUCACCAUGAAAGAUCAUUCCUUUGUUCGUUCUUGGUCGUUUCUCAUAGCUGAAUCUUUCAGUCCAUUUGCCUCCUGCAUAACCG